GAGAAGGCUAGUGUUCGUUCUGGUCGAGGAUGUAUUGAUUUUAUCUUCACCCUUCACCAAAUGUUAGAACACCGUCAUACUAAUCACAGGCCAACAAUCGUAAUGUUACUUGACAUUAGAGCCGCAUUCGAUUCGUUGGACAGGAAUGUUCUCCGGGGUUGUCUAUUGAAGAAGGGUGUGCCUGGGAAGUUUACUAACAUCUUGAAAGCCCUACAUUCAAACACUUCAGGUACAGUGAGAGCAUACAACCACCUUUCUCCAUUGUUCCAUUCAAGCAGUGGGGUUAGGCAAGGUUGCCCGAUCUCACCAUUCCUCUUCAACUUUGCUAUCGAUGACAUUCUGGAAACAGCUCUGAUGGAUGUAGGUAAUGGUGGUGUGGACCUAUUGCCUGGAGAAAGACUUCUCGACCUUGAGUAUACGGAUGAUAAUGUCUUACUGUGCGAUAAUGUCCAAUCCAUGCAAUCCGCACUUAAUCAAUUGGUAAUCGGUGUUCGUAGGCAUGGUAUGUGCCUUACACCUUCGAAGUACAAAGCGCUUUUACAAGACUGACAGGACCCUGCACUCACCCCGGGUAUUGAACGGAUAGAAACAGUCAGAAAGUCGGUGUAUCUGAGUAGCUGCAUAAGUGCUGGUGGUGGCGUGAGUGAUGAGAUCAAUUCAUAUAUAAUGAAAGCCAGG